AUGCCCAUGUUUGUCUACAAAAGAGAUGGAAGACGUGAAAGAGUAGCUUUCGAUAAGAUUACCGCCAGAAUCAACAAACUGUGUUACGGUCUUGAUAUGAACUAUGUUGAUCCAGUGGCCAUUACUCAAAAGGUCAUUUCCGGUGUCUAUCAAGGUGUCACCACCAUUGAACUUGAUAACCUUGCUGCGGAAACAGCUGCCUACAUGACGACUACUCAUCCUGAUUAUGCUCAAUUGGCUGCUCGUAUCGCCAUCUCCAAUCUUCACAAGGAAACCAAGAAGGUCUUUUCUCAAGUUGUAGAAGACCUCUACGUGUAUAUCAACCCAAAGACAAAUAAGCACUCUCCUAUGAUCGCCGAAGACAUCUACAACAUUAUCAUGGCUAAUGCUGAACGUCUCAACUCUGCCAUCAUCUACGACCGUGAUUUCAAGUACAAUUUCUUUGGCUUCAAGACGUUAGAGCGCUCCUACUUGCUUAAAAUCAAUGGUAAAGUUGCUGAAAGGCCUCAACAUUUGAUUAUGCGUGUUGCUGUUGGUAUUCACGGCGAGGACAUCGAUGCUGCUAUUGAGACAUACAACUUGAUGUCAGAGCGUUUCUUCACUCAUGCUAGCCCUACCUUGUUCAAUGCUGGUACUCCUCGCCCUCAAUUGUCUUCUUGUUUCCUAUUGACCAUGAAGGAGGAUUCAAUUGAAGGCAUCUAUGAGACUCUCAAGAUCUGUGCUCAAAUCUCCAAGACUGCUGGUGGUAUUGGUUUGAACAUUCACAAUGUCCGUGCUACUGGUUCCUAUAUCGCUGGUACCAACGGUUACUCCAACGGCCUUUUACCCAUGUUGCGUGUGUUCAACAACACUGCUCGUUAUGUUGAUCAAGGUGGUAACAAGCGUCCUGGCGCUUUUGCCAUGUACCUGGAACCCUGGCAUGCUGAUAUUUUCAUGUUCCUUGAUCUCCGCAAGAAUUUUGGUAAGGAUGAAAUUAGAGCUCGCGAUCUGUUUUAUGCUUUGUGGGUGCCUGAUCUCUUCAUGGAACGUGUCAGAGAUAACGGUGAAUGGUCUCUUUUCUGUCCUAAUGAAGCUCCUGGUCUUUGCGAGGUUUGGGGUGAUGAAUUCAAGGCUUUGUUUGAAAAGUACGAGCGUGAGGGUAGAGCUAGAGAAACUAUCAAAGCACAAAAGCUGUGGUAUGCUAUUUUAGAAGCACAAACUGAAACCGGUAAUCCUUUCAUGCUCUACAAGGACGCUUGUAACAGAAAGAGUAAUCAGCAAAAUUUGGGCACCAUCAAGUGUAGUAAUCUCUGUACUGAGAUUGUCGAGUAUUCCAGCCCUGACGAAGUUGCUGUUUGUAACUUGGCCUCCAUUGCUUUGCCUUCAUUUGUCAUCAACAGAGAAAAGUACGAUUUCCAAAAACUGCAUGAUGUUACCAAGGUUAUUACCAAGAAUUUGAACAAAAUUAUUGAUGUCAACUACUAUCCUGUGAUUGAAGCCGAGCGCUCCAACAAGAGACAUCGCCCUAUCGGUUUAGGUGUCCAAGGUUUAGCUGAUGCUUUCAUGCUGAUGAAGUUUGCUUUUGAUUCCCCUGAAGCCAAGGAACUCAAUAUCCAGAUCUUUGAAACAAUCUAUCAUGCUGCUUUAGAAGCAUCCAAUGAGUUGGCUGAACAACUUGGGCCUUAUGAAACUUAUGAAGGUAGUCCUGUCUCUCAAGGUAUCUUGCAAUACGAUAUGUGGAAUGUCACCCCUACUUCUCUGUGGGAUUGGGCAUCUUUGAAGGAAAAGAUUGCCAAGCAUGGUGUUCGUAACUCUCUUUUACUCGCCCCUAUGCCAACUGCCUCUACAUCGCAAAUCAUGGGAUUCAAUGAAUGUUUUGAGCCUUACACUUCCAACCUGUAUACCCGUCGUGUUCUUGCUGGUGAAUUCCAGAUUGUUAACCCUUGGUUGUUAAAGGAUUUGGUAGAAAUGGAUCUUUGGAACGAAGAUAUCAAGAAUAUGAUUAUGUCUGACGGUGGCUCCAUUCAAAACAUUCCUGGCAUCCCACAAAAUCUCAAGGAUAUCUACAAGACUGUUUGGGAGUUGAGUCAGCGUACUUUGGUUGACAUGGCUGCUGAUCGUGGUGCUUUUAUUGAUCAAAGUCAAAGUUUGAACAUCUUUAUUGGUGAGCCCAACUUUGGUAAGUUGACCAGUAUGCACUUUUACGGUUGGCAAAAGGGCUUGAAGACUGGUAUGUACUAUCUACGUACUCGUCCAGCUGUUGAUGCCAUCAAAUUCACUGUCGAUCAAUUAUCUUUGCGUGAAUAUCGUAAAAAGAAGACUGAAGAGGAGAAUGCAGCUGAUAUGGUCUGUUCUAUUGAUAACAAGGACGCUUGUGUAAGCUGCAGUGGAUAA